UGACCCGGAGGAAGUACACAAAGCUGUGUCUCACAGCAUGUAGCCGCAGUCUUGAGUCCAGCAGAACAUAGAACCGGACCUGAAACUACAGAGGUCCUUUUUUAAAAACCUUUUAUGCUUUGAAACUGACAGAAAAAAAGCUGCAUUUAUGGGAGUCCCGGCGUUUUUCCGCUGGCUGAGCCGGAAGUACCCGUCAAUCAUCGUCCACUGUUUGGAAGAAAAGGGAAAAGAGUGCAAUGGCGUCCGCAUCCCGGUGGACACGACCAAGCCCAACCCCAACGAGGUGGAAUUCGAUAACUUGUACUUGGACAUGAACGGCAUCAUUCACCCGUGUACACACCCUGAAGACAAACCUGCACCCAAGAAUGAAGAUGAGAUGAUGGUGGCUAUUUUCGAGUAUAUUGAUCGGCUGUAUAACAUCGUGCGUCCCAGGAGGGUUCUCUACAUGGCCAUCGAUGGAGUGGCUCCACGGGCCAAAAUGAACCAGCAGCGCUCCCGCCGGUUCCGUGCCUCCAAAGAAGGCGUGGAGCUUACGGAGGAGAAGAAUCGCAUGAGGGAGGAGAUCAUCCAGAAAGGAGGCUAUCUUCCACCAGAGGAGAUAAAGGAGAGGUUCGACAGCAACUGCAUCACUCCUGGAACGGAGUUCAUGGACAACCUGGCCCAGUGUCUGCGCUACUACGUGGCAGACCGACUCAGCAACGAUCCAGGAUGGAAGAACGUUGUUGUCUUCCUGUCUGAUGCCAGCGUUCCUGGUGAAGGAGAACACAAGAUCAUGGAUUUCAUCAGGAGACAGAGAGCUCAGCCCAACCACGACCCAAACACGCACCACUGCCUGUGCGGCGCUGACGCUGACCUCAUCAUGCUGGGCCUGGCCACACACGAGCCCAACUUCACCAUCAUCAGGGAGGAGUUCAAGCCCAACAAGCCGCGGCCGUGCGCGCUCUGCGGACAGAUGGGCCACGACAUCAAGGACUGUCAGGGCGUGGCCCGGGAGAAGCAGGGCCAGCACGACGAGUUUGCAGACGCCAUGCCGGUCGCCGAGCAGGAGUUCAUCUUCAUCCGGCUCUGCGUUCUGCGGGAGUACCUGGCCAGAGAGCUGACCAUGGCCAGCCUGCCGUUUCCCUUCGACUUCGAGAGGAGCGUCGACGACUGGGUCUUCAUGUGCUUCUUCGUGGGAAACGACUUCCUGCCGCAUCUUCCGUCCCUGGAGAUCAGAGAGGGCGCGAUAGACCGGCUGGUGAACAUCUACAAAGACGUCGUCCACAAAACAGGAGGCUACCUGACCCAGAACGGCUACGUCAACCUGGAGCGGGUGGAGAUGAUCAUGCAGGCCGUGGGCGUGGCGGAGGACAACAUCUUCAAGAAACGCAAGCAGGACGAUGAAAACUUCAAGAGGAGAAACAAGGAGAAACGGAAGAGGAUGAAGGCCGAGCAGCAGGGUCCCGCCUUCAUGACCACCGGCCAGUUCGCCCCUCAGGCCCUGGGCAGAAGAGGCGGGCCUGAACCGGUCCACAACGCUCGGUACCAGGCCUACGACAUGAGAAUGCAGUCGGCGGAGCAGCACAACAAGGACGCUGCGCAGUCCCUGAAGUCCAUGAUGAGGAACGGAGGCAGGUCGUCUGCAGGCGUCAGUGACGGCGCCGACAGCAGAGGACAGAAGAGGAAAGCCGAGGACAGCGACAGCGAGCCGGAGCCUGAGGACAACGUCAGGCUGUGGGAGGAGGGCUGGAAGCAGAGGUACUACAAGACCAAGUUUGACGUGGACGUGUCUGACGAGGCCUUCAGGAAGAAGGUGGUGCGCUCCUACGUGGAGGGGCUGUGCUGGGUGCUGCGCUACUACUACCAGGGCUGCGCCUCCUGGAAGUGGUAUUUCCCGUUCCACUACGCGCCGUUUGCCUCCGACUUCAAAGAAAUCAAAGAGAUGUUCUCGGAGUUCGAGAAGGACACCAAGCCGUUUAAGCCCCUGGAGCAGCUGAUGGGAGUGUUUCCUGCCGCCAGCGGUAACUUCCUGCCGGCAACAUGGAGGAACCUGAUGAUGAGCGCGGAUUCCUCCAUCAUUGACUUCUACCCUGACGACUUCGCCAUCGACCUGAACGGGAAGAAGUACGCCUGGCAGGGCGUGGCUUUGCUGCCGUUUGUGGACGAACGUCGUCUGAGGGCGGCUCUGGCGGACGUCUACCCGGACCUGACCCCCGAAGAAGUGAGAAGAAACAGUUUGGGAAGCGACAUCUUGUUCCUCGGCAGGUCGCACCCGCUGUUCGACUUCAUCCACGAGCUGUACCGGUCCGAGACCCGCGAGGCGGCGCCGGUUCCGGCAGAACUCUGCCACGGGAUCCAAGGAACCUUGAACCUGGAUGAGGAUCCGAUCCUGCCGGAUGAGACCGUCAAGUCCCCCAUCCCGCUGCUCCGGGACAUCUCACACAACAGCUCCAUCAACGUGAAGUUCCUGGACCCGCAGUUCGCCGACGGCUUCGUGUUCAAAGCGGUUCUGCUGCCUGGAGCCAAGAUGCCUGCCGCGGUUCUGAAGCCGGAGGACUACGAGCGGGGGAACCGGGCCCCAUGGAGGCCCCAGCUGGGCUUCAACCAGAACCGCCAGCAGGCCCAUCUGGACCAGUCGGGCUUCAGAGCUCUGGGACACAGCCUGAGCAGGAACCAGCAGCAGCGAGGGCAGUACAGCGCCGCGCCGCCUCCCAGCAGCUACCAGCGGGGGAGCUACAGCCGGCCCGCUCACAGCAGCAGCCACCAGCAGUUCCAGCAUUCCAGGCAGAACCCGGUUCCGCCGGCGCCGCAGGCCUUCAGGGGCGGCCCGCCCCAGUUCCCCAGGCAGCAGCAGUACCGAGGCGGGGGCCACUCCGGGGGCCACGGCUGGGACCGGAACCUCCAGGCUCAGCAGUCUGCGUACCAGCAGAACCUCAACCGGGCCGGAACCGGACCCGCCGGCUACCAGCAGCGCUACGAUUGGACCGAUCGCCGCGACAGCCGGGCCCCGCGGCAGCAGCCUCAGGGCCGAGGCUACCCUCCUCCGCCGCCGUCCCAGCGCUACCACUGGAACUGAACCAGAACCAGAACCGGAACCGGACCGCCCGGCGCCGCUUUCAGGACGGAACAUUUUUAAAGCGUCUUUGUUGACUGUAGAAAGUUUUACCUUUUUUAAAAGCAACUUGUGUAAUGUGCUGUUUUUAUUUUCUUUAUUUCGUAAAGUGGGUUUCAUUUGUUUUCCAGGUGAAUAAAAGAUGUUUGAGAGACAAACGUCUCCAAUAAAAGAAAAAGAAAUUAAACAUGUUGCUGCAACUAA